GAGAGUGCGUGAGAGAAGCUGUACUUUUUAUUUUCCCUAGAGAGAGAGGCACAGGUAGCCAAUUGUCAAAAACGCCUCUGCCCAGUGGCAGGCAGGCAUAAAACCAGACGCUUCUGCAUUUCAUUUAUUCUUUUUGUUUUCAAAAUUUUCGUCCCCUGUUUUUAUGUAUUUAUUAUAAGUUUUCGAAACACAGAGAGAAAGGGAAAAGUUUUUUCCUGGGAAAAAAUCAAGCAGGAAACGCCGGAGCCCACCCUGGCCUGCGCUUGCCACCAGCUGGUAUUUUGUGGCCUUUCUCGAGAUUAGCGACUUAACUAGAUAAAGACCCACAGGACCAAUUCAGGCGCUUUCCUAACUGGGUUUCCGUCCGCGACACGCACUAUCUAAUGCGGGAGAAAGGAGGCUCUCUUGGAGGAGAGAGCCUGCCUGCGACGUGUGAAGAAGAAGAAACAACCACGAAUUAACUGCAAUCCUCUCUUCAGUUCUGUAAUGGAGCAGUACUAGCUCUCCUCCCAAAUUCCUUUCGAAAAAAAGAAGAAGGUAUAUUUGAUUUGUCUUUUGGGUUUCGUUUCUGUGAUUUACGGGCAUUUGCUCUGCUCCGGUGGGUAUGGCUCUUUCAAUGCACAGAGACUCUAAGCAGAUGGACUCCAGCAAGUACGUGAGGUACACGCCUGAGCAAGUUGAGGCUUUAGAGAGGGUUUAUUCGGAAUGUCCAAAGCCAAGCUCCAUGAGGAGGCAGCAGCUCACAAGGGAAUGCCCUAUUCUCUCCAACAUUGAGCCUAAACAGAUCAAAGUCUGGUUUCAAAAUCGCAGAUGCCGUGAAAAGCAGAGAAAGGAGGCGUCUCGACUCCAGACAGUUAACAGGAAGCUGACUGCCAUGAACAAGCUGUUGAUGGAGGAGAAUGACCGGUUGCAAAAGCAGGUUUCGCAGUUGGUCUAUGAGAAUGGGUACAUGCGACAACUGCAGGGUGCAUCUGCAACAACCACAGACACCAGCUGUGAGUCUGUGGUUGCGAGUGGUCAGCACCAACAGCAGCAAAACCCAACACCUCAGCAUCUGCAGAGGGAUGCUAAUAACCCAGCUGGUCUACUCGCAAUAGCUGAGGAGACCCUGGCAGAGUUCCUUUCCAAGGCUACUGGAACUGCUGUCGAUUGGGUGCAGAUGAUUGGGAUGAAGCCUGGUCCAGAUUCUAUUGGGAUCGUUGCUGUUUCCCGCAAUUGUAGUGGGGUAGCAGCACGAGCCUGCGGUCUUGUGUGUCUAGAGCCCACAAAGGUCGCUGAAAUCCUUAAAGAUCGUCCAUCUUGGUUUCGAGACUGCCGAUAUCUUGAUGUAUUGAGUGUUAUCCCUACAGCAAAUGGAGGGACAAUAGAGCUUAUAUACAUGCAGACAUAUGCACCCACAACAUUGGCUUCAGCACGUGACUUCUGGACGCUCAGAUAUACUACUAGUAUGGAAGAUGGAAGUCUUGUGAUAUGUGAGAGGUCGUUGACUUCUUCUACUGGUGGCCCAGCUGGACCUCCUGUUACAAGUUUUUCCCGAGCUGAAAUGCUUCCUAGUGGCUAUCUGAUCCGUCCCUAUGAGGGUGGUGGCUCCAUUAUUCACAUUGUUGAUCACAUUGAUUUGGAUGUGUGGAGUGUUCCUGAAGUUCUCAGGCCGCUGUAUGAAUCAUCGAAAAUUCUUGCCCAGAAAAUGACUAUUGCUUCCUUGCGCCACGUAAGACAAAUUGCCCAAGAGACCAAUGGUGAAAUUCGGUAUGAUGGGGGUCGCCAACCUGCUGUUCUAAGGACAUUUAGUCAGAGAUUGUGCAGGGGAUUCAACGAGGCUGUUAAUGGAUUUGCGGAUGAUGGUUGGUCACUUAUGGGCAGUGAUGGGAUGGAAGAUGUUACAAUUGUUGUGAACUCGUCUCCAAGCAAAUUCCUUGGGUCGCAGUACAACACAUCUAUGCUCCCAACUUUUGGAGGAGGGGUUCUGUGUGCAAAGGCAUCAAUGCUGCUGCAAAAUGUUCCCCCAGCUUUGCUUGUUCGUUUUCUGAGAGAGCACCGCUCUGAAUGGGCUGACUAUGGGGUUGAUGCUUAUUCUGCUGCAUGUCUUAAAGCUAGUCCUUAUGGAGUUCCUUGUGCAAGAACUGGUGGCGUCCCCUGUAGCCAGGUCAUUUUGCCUCUUGCCCAUACCGUGGAAGCUGAAGAGUUCUUGGAGGUGGUUCGGCUAGAGGGUCAUGCAUUCUCUCCUGAAGAUGUAGCUUUGGCCCCAGAUAUGUACUUGCUGCAGCUAUGCAGCGGGGUUGACGAGAAUGUAGGUGGUGCCUGUGCUCAGCUCGUCUUUGCACCCAUUGACGAAACCUUUGCUGAUGAUGCUCCCCUGUUGCCUUCUGGUUUUCGUGUGAUACCGUUAAAUCCUAAAGCUGAUGGGCCUGCUGCAACUCGAACAUUGGAUUUGGCAUCUAUGCUGGAAGUAAGAUCUGGUGGGGCACGUUCGGCUGGUGAAGCUGAUUCAAACAAUUAUGACCUCAGGUCAGUUCUGAUAAUUGCAUUCCAAUUUACUUUUGAGAACCAUCUUCAAGACAAUGUGGCUGCCAUGGCUCGUCAGUAUGUGCGGAGUGUUGUAGGGUCAGUUCAGAGGGUUGCCAUGGCUAUUGCUCCAUCCCGGCUUAGCUCCCUUAUGUCACCAAAACCACUUCCUGGUUCUCCAGAGGCUCUUAUUUUGGCACGAUGGAUUUGCCAGAGCUAUAGGAUCCACACUGGGGGAGAGCUCCUUCAGGCUGAAUCCCAAUCUGGCGAUUCUAUCUUGAAGCAACUUUGGUGCCAUCCAGAUGCUAUCAUGUGCUGCUCCUUGAAAACUAAUGCUUCUCCUUUAUUCACCUUCGCAAACCAGGCUGGUCUUGAUAUGCUUGAAACAACUCUUUUGGCCCUACAAGAUAUGAUGCUUGACAAGAUUCUUGACGAAGCUGGCCGGAAGAUCCUCUGCUCUGAGUUUUCAAAGAUUAUGCAACAGGGUUUUGGGCAUCUACCAGCGGGGAUAUGUGUGUCCAGCAUGAGCAGGCCAGUGUCUUAUGAGCAAGCCAUCGCAUGGAAAGUCCUCGACGACGAUAACUCCAAUCACUGCCUGGCCUUCAUAUUCAUAAACUGGUCUUUUGUCUGAACUUCGAUGAUGUAAACAGUUGCCAAACAGACUUGUAUUCAUGUUCAUAUGUUAAGUUAUGCAUGUGCUUUUAGGAAGACAUGCACAUAAAUAUAUGCAUGGUUUUGUGUAUGCUUUAAGAUUGGCUUGGUUGCACUGUCAACUUCAAAUAUUCCAGAAUGUCUUCUUGGUAAGUGGGUGAGAUUUCAAUUAAAAUGGAGAAUGUGGGAUUUUGUGGUGGCUGCUGUUGGACCACCUGCUCACUGUUUGUGUUGUUGGUCA